CAGCGUUCCGCCUGGAGCGACGCGACCUCAGGAAUCAUUAAUCGGGUCACAGCCACCCAAUAGCACGUGAUCGCGCUGUGUUUGUCCAGGGCUCUCAUUGCUUCAAUUCUGAGCAGCGCUCAUGGAUAGUUUGUUCGGGCGGAAAAAGCCCAAGUCGCGACACCCUUCCGGAGACCUUACAGAUCGAUCCAUACCCUAUGACAGGCUUGCACCGUCUCCUCGCUCCCCCAACCGCCCUGCGAACUCCGGAUUUAUCUCUGCGCCUGUCACCAACCCGACGCUCACUCAGAAUGGGACUGAGCUCAAUAAAUUUCAGAUUCAGAAGACGAGAAUGGAGAGGGAAAGAGCCUACGAAAACUUCGUCCCAACAGCGUCCACGUCAUCCAUAUCGACGACCGACUCCUCGACACUCUACACCGACUCCAUCGCUUCUUCCUCCAAAGCUGCCAACUCACGUCGAAGUGAGGCGUCGUCUCUCUCAUCCUACUCCGGCCCUCGCUCUCCCAGCAUGUCGGACUUCGGUAAUUUCCAGCCUGCGACGCCGAACGGUAGUGGGAUGUUUCCCGGGUCGGCUUCCUCUGCAACCAUCCGCCCUGGGUCCGGCAUGACGACUCGUUCGGACAGCAAUCGAUUGUCGAAAUACGCUUCGUCGCUGUUAUCAUCCGAAGGUUCACAUACGCAUCUUUCGCACUUCCAUCUACAUCGACAACAGACGGAUGAUUUCAACUUUGCACGGCCGGAGACUGACGAGGAGCUCGAGGCACUGUUUGAGACAGUGAAGAGGACGCGAGAUUUGGGCGACUUGCCGAAUCUGACGAUGGAACAGAAGUGGCAUAUGGUCUACAACGAUUAUCACAUCCGCUGGAAGGAUGAGAAGACGAGGGAGGAUCAGGCGAAGAGACAGGUCGAGGCUGGCCAACCGGCGCCUAUUAUAAUUGAGUCGCCGGAAUGGUUCAUACGCAAGUUUCUGGACAAGACCAUUACACCGAAGCAGGCAGGGAGUCUUUUAAUAUCGCUGCGCGGGAAGGAGAUGAGCUGGUUUCGGCAUUUCAUUGCCAUACGAGGGACUUCGGUACUGGCACAGACAUUGACGCAUCUGAGUCGGAAAGGGGGAUCCAGGCGUGAGAUUGAUAUCCUGCUAGAAUACGAGGUUGUCAAGUGUUUGAAACAAAUCCUCAAUAAUCCGUCUGCGACCAAGGAAGCCCUGACGCAUAACUUGAUUGUUACACAAGUUGCUUCUUCUCUGAAUACACCCCAUCUUCCGACGCGAAAGCUUCUGCUUGACUUACUUUCUUUUCUGGCUUACUGGAAUGACGGCGAAGCCCACCCUCUCGUUGUUUCCGCAUUGGAGGCAUUGAGCGUGUCCAAUAACGAGGGCAGCGGAUGCUAUAGCUAUUGGUUCAAGUCGAUGGAGCAGUCUUUGUCAGGACGUGGCAAGAUGGGCAGUCUGGUGGGGGCCAGUGAGGAAGUGAGAAAGACGGGGGGGAUCGACACCAAUCUGAACGAAUAUGCGGUGGCGAACUUGGUUCUCCUGAACGGGGUAGUUGGGUUCAUCGAAGAUUUGGAUCUGCGCUUGCAUCAUCGAGCCCAGAUGGAGGCGUCAGGACUGCAGAGGAUCAUUGAGCUUUGCCGCGCUUUUGCAGUUCCGACCAUCGACAGGCAGCUGAAGAUUCUGCAAACCGUGCUCGAUGAUGACGAGGCGAAACUGCGAGAGAGAGUGGAUCAAGAGAUUCUGCGGGACCUCAACAACCCACAGGAUGUGUACAAUGCCAUCUUUUCGAAGACGCAGGACUCGAAAGCUCGGGACUACUUCUUGUCGAUGAUGCAGCACUUGCUUUUGAUUCGGGAAGAGGGCCCUCCAAUGGUGCAUUAUUAUCAGCUGAUCGACUCUCUCGUAACGGAUGUCGUGCUCGACAAGAAGUUGGCGGGGGCUGAACAGAGGAUGGGGCAUUCUGUGGAGCGCAUCAUCGCCCAGUUCAACGAGGCAGACAGAUAUCAGCACGCAGAGGAGGAUGCAAGUCUCGCUCGCGCUGAGGCCGCUCGUUUGCGCCUGGAGAAGGAAGCGCUGGAGGAGGAAAUAUCUCAAGGCGAAGACGGAAUGGUCGGUCGACUGAAAAGUCAGCUCGCACAUAUGGACGAGAAGUUGGGCAUCUCGAGGGAGACGGUUGCUCGGUUGCAGGGUCAAUUGGAGACGCAGAGACUGGGAUACGAAGAACGGAUCGCACAGCUGGAGGCUCAGAUCUUGGAGCUGUUCAAAAUGCUCAAGGAAAUGGGCCAGGGCGUCGACAGUAUUCUGGACUCCAAUUCGAGCCAGAUGGACCGCAAGACGCUGGUUGACACUCUCGAAAAGCACUUCCAACGGGCCAAAACAAUCGGGAUUCUUGAAGGAAAUGAGCGCUGGAACAAGAACGCCCCCAGCACCGAAGAUGAUCCGGAAGCAACACCUGGGAAACAGACCAGUCUGCGCCGGUCAGUGCUUACCAAAUCAAUGCGUCCCAAGACCGAGGAGAGCAGCGGCGGACGGGUCUCUCAGUUCAUGGAUGCCGAUGAUGAUGAUGCCGAAGAGCAAAUUCAGCAGCAGCUGGCUGCCGGUGUCAAGAUCUAUCCUGAGCGCGAUGGGUCCUCGUCCAGCUCUCGGAGUGUCAGAGGGACCCCUAAACGGACAGAUCGACCUCUUUUGGGUGGUGAUUCACCGUACAAAUCGAGUGCUCUCCGUGCUCCAAAUGGCGAGGAAGCUGAUGUCAGCGACUAUAGUCGCUCGUCUUCUCCAGGGCCAACUGACGACGAAACUGCGGGAAAACCUGCCGCCGGCUCAUUGGCAGAACAGCUCAGCAGGCAUUUACUUACUCGUGGAACGCCUGUCGAAAGUGUGACAUCAAGUGACACUCCAACCGCAGCGUCCUCGGCGCCGCCACCUCCGCCGCCGCCUCCUCCUCCACCGCCACCCCCGCCGCCUCCACCUGGCUUCACUAAUGCAGGAAAUGCUCCGCCACCGCCACCGCCUCCGCCUCCACCUCCUGGACUCAACGGAUCACCUCCCCCGCCCCCGCCUCCCCCGCCACCUGGAGGCGCACGAUUUGGACCGCCACCACCACCGGCCCCGACACCCCGGGAUCACUCCCCGGAUCCAACAGGACUUCCAUGUUGGGAUCAAACAUUAACUCACUUUUGUCGGCCCGGAAAGAGAGUCCGUUCCCAUCAGCGAGCACGAAGAUGAAACAACUUCAGUGGGACAAGUUGCCUCAGCAGCAGGUCAACAGGACAUUAUGGAAGGAAGAAGUGCCUCAGAAAGAGCAAGAGAUGAUGACCAAGCUCCAGCUGGACGGCGUCUGGAUCGAAAUGGAGGAGGAUUUCAAGGCCAAACAGCUUGUCAUCAAUCUGAUGGCUCGGCAGAAGCGGGCCGAGCUCAAAAGCGUUCUCGAUCCUCAAACCAAGAAACGUGUCGAAAUCCUCAUCCAGCGUGUCAAACAGCUACAGCCCGAAGAGAUUGCUUGGAAGAUUCAACAAUUCGACCAGGAUCUGUGCACUUCCAACUUCCUCAGCGAACUCAAGCCUGUGCUGCCAUCGCCCGAACAAGUCGGAAAACUGAAUGUCUACCGGAAUGCAGACCCCGAAGAGCUGGGCGGCCUCCAUCCUUCCGACAGACUGAUGGUCAAACUCAUUCAGAUCGAACGACUUGGUCCCCGAAUCGAGGGCAUGCUGUACAAAUGCGAGUUUGACGAGACCUGGGCUCUGUUAGAUCAGUCCGCACGCAAAUUGGCUGAGGCCAACGAGUCUUUGCUGCACGCAAAGUCCUUCAAAGAACUUCUGAGCCUCAUUCUUCUCAUCGGAAACUACAUGAACGGCACGGGAAUCAAAGGAGGAGCGUUCGGUUUCCGCGUGAGCAGUAUCAACAAGCUCGUCGAUACCAAAUCUGUCAACAACACGACACUGCUCCAUUUCCUUGAGAGGACCAUUGUGAAGCAUUUCCCUGAUAUGGAACUCUUCCUCGACGAACUGUCCAAGCCCGCCGAAGCCUAUCGAGUGAACCUUCAGGACAUACGUAAGGAGCUGGGCGAAUUGCGAGAUGGUCUCAAACGGAUAAGGAAGGAGCUCGCUGAUCACUAUGCUGAUAUGGACCAGACGGAGCGUUACGGGAGACAGAUGUGGGCGUUCUUCAGCAAGGCCAAUGCUCAGCUAGAGGAUCUUGUCGACAACGUCAACCUCGCUGAGACGACUUUCUCAGAAGCAAUCAGCUACUACGGAGAAGAAGAGCGGAAUAUGACCUCGUCCGAAUUCUUUGGGAUAUUCAAGACAUUUGUGACGUCUUACAAGAAAUGCAAGUCGGAGAACCAGUCGGUGGCUGAAGAACGCCUUGCAGCCGAGAAACGCAGGCAGGCCGCCGACGAAGCCAAGGCCAACCGGCAUAAAAUCAUCGAGCAGACUGUCAAUAACGAGGACGACGACGUCCUGGACAAUCUGCUCGAGAAACUGCGCAAUGGAGAUGCCGUCAGCCGGAGAAAUAGACGGAACAGGCUUGCUGGCAAGAUCAGCGGAUCGGCCCCAGAGGGCGAGGCAACAUCGGGCACUGCUGACGUUGCGCGAGACAUGUUGGCUCGUUUGCAGUCAGACGGAUUUGUCACCCCCGCAUCGCCGACAUUGCCGGGUAGAAGGAGGCGACGAAUCGACAUUGACGACAGUUUGACGAGCCCUACGACGCCCAGUCUCAUCAUGUCGGACUCGGAGACCCUAGAGACUUUUGCAGAUGACGAGGACAUGUCUAUACGUAACGAGGACUGAUAUUAGCUGUCUAAUAAGUUAUGUAUUUCUAACGCUUUCGCCUAUGUACGUACCAUCAUGGUGGCAGUGACGCGGCAUCGAGGCUCCCCAACAAGUAAACACCGCACAAUUCGUUUCGCUCAACUUUCCACCGACGACGAGACCCCCAGCGCAGCACACAACGACGCCGGUGCCCCACUCCAAGUCGCCGCACGAUGGCGGAAAAUAUAUAUACCAAGGGCACGCGCGCCUACUUUGAAGACAAGGAGCUUGCCUGGAUUUCGGCCGAGGUCACCUCCGUCACUAGGAAUGGAGACGCUAUUAAGCUCGUCUUCACUGACGAGCGAGGCAAGGAAAUCACCGUCAAUACCACUGUCCAGGACAUCCGGGAUGGAAAGGAUGACCUGCCUCCGUUACGAAACCCGCCUUUGCUCGAGACUGCCGACGAUCUCGCGACUCUAUCUCAUCUAAACGAGCCCUCUGUCCUGCACACCAUUGCGAAUCGAUAUGCGCAACAUAGCAUCUACACCUACAGCGGCAUCGUCCUCAUUGCUGUCAAUCCAUUUCAACGAGUGACGAUGUAUGGACCCGACAUUAUUCAAGCGUAUGCGGGGCGUCGGCGUGGUGAGCUGGAGCCUCAUCUGUUCGCGAUCGCGGAGGAUGCAUACACUGCGAUGCGACGCGACGGCGAAGGCCAGACGAUCAUUGUCUCCGGUGAAAGUGGUGCGGGAAAGACUGAAUCGGCCAAAUUCAUCAUGCGAUACCUCGCUUCCGUCAACCCACCUGACGCCCCCAAGGCCAAGACCAAGUUCUCCCUCGACGAGUCUAGUGAAAUUGAGCGGCAGAUCCUCGCUACGAAUCCGAUAUUAGAAGCAUUCGGCAACGCAAAGACAACACGAAACGACAACUCGUCACGGUUUGGAAAAUACAUUCAGAUUCUCUUCGAUGGCAAGCAAGAGAUCGUCGGGGCGCGGAUCCGGACGUAUCUUCUCGAGCGAUCUCGGAUUGUGUUCCAGCCUACGACCGAACGAAACUACCAUAUCUUUUACCAGCUUUGUGCCGGAGCCCCUUUGAAGGAACGAAAGGACCUCGGACUGGAUUCUGACAUCACCAAGUUCUUCUAUUUGAAGCAAGGCGGGCCCACGUCAACCCCGAUCAACGGAGUGGAUGACGCUGAAGAAUUCCGGGCUACACAGCAGGCUCUGUCCACCGUUGGAAUUAGUGUCGAAAAGCAGUGGGCUGUGUUCCGGUUGUUGGCUGGGAUGUUACAUCUGGGAAACGUCAAGGUGACACAGACUCGGUCCGACGCAGUGAUCGACGACAAUGAUCCUGCGCUUCUGCUUGCGACACGCUUCCUGGGCGUCAAUCUGGCUGAAUUCAAGAAAUGGACGAUCAAGAAGCAGAUUACGACUCGUUCCGAGAAGAUCGUGACUGCGUUGAACGGUGCUCAGGCCACGGUCGUGAGAGAUAGUGUGGCCAAAUUUGUCUACGCUUGCAUGUUCGAGUGGCUGGUUGCGAUCGUGAACGAGAGUUUGGCUGGAGAGAACGGAGAUGCGGCUGACAAGGCUGAGAUGUUCAUUGGUGUGUUGGAUAUCUACGGCUUCGAGCACUUCCAGAAGAACUCUUUCGAGCAAUUCAGUAUCAAUUAUGCGAACGAGAAGCUCCAGCAAGAGUUUAACUCUCACGUCUUCAAACUGGAACAAGAAGAAUACGUCAAGGAACAGAUAAAUUGGACUUUUAUCGACUUUUCGGACAAUCAGCCAUGCAUCAAUGUCAUAGAAGGCAAGCUUGGCGUUCUGGCGCUGCUGGACGAGGAGUCGCGAUUGCCCUCGGGAAGCGACUCGUCUUUCCUCCAGAAGCUAAACACCCAAUUGCUGAAGCCCGAAUUCAAGGACGUGUACAAGAAGCCUCGGUUUGGAAAUUCCGCUUUCACAAUUGCGCACUACGCCUUAGAUGUCACAUACGAGGUCGAAGGAUUCCUGGAAAAGAACCGUGACACCGUUCCCGACGAACAAAUGGCUUUGCUUGCCGGAACCAAGAACCCGUUUUUGAAGGAGGUUCUCGACGCUGCCUUGAUGUCGGCCAAAGCGCCGGAGAGCCCGAACCCGGCGGCUGGAUCGGAUUCUGGCAGUACUGGAUCCCGCCGGUCGUCGGUGAUUCCGGAUCCCGGCCGGCAGUCUUUCAUUGGGAAUGCUACCGCCAGCGCAGGGGCAGCGGCGUCUGGGCCGAAACGGGUCGGCGCUGUGGCCAGGAAACCGACGCAAGGGUCUAUCUUCAAGGCGUCACUGAUCACGCUGAUGGAGACGCUGAACGUGACGAAUGUGCAUUACAUCCGGUGCAUCAAACCGAAUGAGAAGAAACGGCCCUGGGAGUUCAUGCCCCAGCAGGUCCUGGGUCAGUUGCGAGCUUGUGGUGUGUUGGAGACCAUUCGGAUCAGUUGUGCCGGAUAUCCCACCAGAUGGACCUAUGAGGAAUUUGCUGAGCGAUAUUACAUGUUGGUGUCGUCGUCAGUCUGGCAGCCGCUCAUCCAAUCGCUGGAUUUACGGACGCUGUGUACCACGAUCCUGGAAAAAGUCAUUCCCGAUAAGGACAAAUACCAGAGCGGGUUGACCAAGAUCUUCUUCCGGGCGGGUAUGCUUGCCUCGCUGGAAGCCCUCCGCUCUGAUCGCCUGAAUGCGAUGGUCACUGUCGUGCAGAAGAACAUGCGUCGGAGGAUGGCGGUCAAAAAGUACCAACAGCUUCGCCAGUCCACCAUCAAGAUCCAGACGUGGUGGCGCGGUGUCCUCGCCAAGAAACUCGUCUCCUUCAUUCGCCGGGAGGUCUCGGCCAAACGCUUGCAAACAUUGUGUCGCCGUUUUGUCCAGCGCAAGAAGUUCCUCGACGUUAAAGUCUCCGUCACUCUGCUCCAAAGCCGGAUCCGGGGCUACCAAGCUCGCAAAAACUUCGUCCACGGAAAGAGAGCACAGGGUGCUACUCUUCUACAGAGCCUCAUCCGUGGAGUUAUAACCCGGCGUUCGUUCAAGGCAGAUGUCCGGCGAGUGAUCUAUCUGCAGUCUUGCAUCCGGCGGAGGUACGCUCGCCGAAAACUCAAGGAGCUGCGUGCAGAGGCCCGCUCUGUCAACACAUACAAAGAGGCGUCGUAUCGGCUGGAAAACAAGGUCGUCGAGCUCACUCAGAUGCUUCAAACACGCACAGAAGAGCGCAAGCAAUUGCAAACUCGGGUCAACGAACUGGAACAGCAGUUGCAACAAUGGGUCUCGCGUCAUGAAGAGGUUGAUUCGAGAGCUAAACAAUACCAAGCAUCUCUGCGCACGACAGAAGCAGAACUCACGCGUCGGGACGAGCUUCUGCUGACCAAAGCGGAAGUCGAGAAGCGUUUGGAGGAUGCGUUGGCCAAGGCAACAGAGAAAGAGGAGACGAUUCAGAAGCUGAUGGAUGAUCUGUCCAAGCAGGCUGCUCAGCUGGAGGCUCAACAGAAGACGAUCGAGGCAACACCUCCACGGAAUGAGGAAGACAGCUCAGUCAUCCUGACCCUGAAAAACGAAGUCAGCAGCUUACGCGAGCAGCUCAAUCGCUCCAAUGCGCUCAAUGCACUGACCCGCGGUGCACGUGAUCCCCCACUCUCUCCAACAUUCGCUCCCACGCUCCGGGCUCCAGAAGCGAACGGUGCGAACGGUGCGGUGCCUGUGGGUGGAAGCCGCCACCAGCGUCGGCAUAGUUCGGCCGGUGUGUUCGCGAUCGCGCCAUCUGAUCAUCGCACAUCGUCGGACGAGAUUAUGUUCGAUGUCAAGAAGAGCCAUGCACUCAAUCCACGUGCGGUCUCUGUAGCCUACAAUGGCGAAGACAACUACUUGCGCAUGCGCUCCAACGGGCUUCCCGAUAUCCGCGACUUUGAUGACCCCGCCGAAGAAAAGAUCCGUCUGAUGCAGGACAUCAAGCGUCUCGACGAGGAUGUUCUCGACGGCCUAAUUCGCGGUCUCAAGAUCCCUGCGCCCAGUUUGACGAAUCCUUCAGCAGUCAAGGAGAUCCUGUUCCCGGCGAAUCUGAUCAGUCUAGUGACCAACGAGAUGUGGAAAUACGGGCUGAUUCCUGAGAGCGAGCGUUUCUUGGCUAAUGUGAUGCAGACUAUUCAAGGACAUGUGAUGUCCUUCACGGGCGAAGAUGCGAUUGUCCCCGGGAUAUAUUGGCUGUCAAACGUCCACGAGAUGCUUUCGUUCAUCUGCGUGGCCGAAAGUGACAUGCUCCAGGGCAUCGGCCCUGGAGAGGAGAACUCUGUGCGGUCAUUCGAUUGGAACGACUACGAACGACUGGUAUCGGUCGUCAAGCACGACUUGGACAGUCUGGAGUAUAACAUCUACCACACCUGGAUGCUCGAGACCAAAAAGAAACUCUCCAAAAUGGUCAUUCCCGCUCUGAUCGAGAGUCAGUCUUUGCCUGGCUUCACGACAAGCGACGGCGGCGGCCGGCUGUUCAACCGGUUGUUGAAUGCGAACAGCGCCCCGGCCUUCAGCAUGGACGACAUCUUGAACCUGCUCAACAAAGUCUGGAAGAGCUUGAAGAGCUAUUACAUGGAGGAAUCGGUCGUCCAGCAGGUCGUCACCGAGCUUCUCAAGCUGAUUGGUGUGACGAGUUUCAAUGACUUACUCAUGAGACGGAACUUUUCUUCCUGGAAACGCGCGAUGCAAAUUCAAUACAACAUCACUCGGAUCGAGGAGUGGUGCAAAUCACAUGAUAUGCCAGAGGGCACCUUGCAGUUGGAACACUUGAUGCAGGCCACUAAGCUGCUCCAACUCAAGAAGGCGACUGCGGCCGACAUUGAGAUCAUCUAUGAUGUGUGCUGGAUGCUCAGUCCGAUGCAAAUACAGCGGAUGUGUACUAAUUACUACGUGGCCGACUAUGAGAACCCGAUAUCACCGGAGAUCCUCAAAGUCGUAGCAUCGCGAGUGCAGGCCAACGACCGCAACGACCACCUGCUUCUCUCUCCAGAAACGGAAGAAGUGGGCCCUUACGAGCUGCCUUUGCCACGAGAAGUGUCGGGUCUCGAGACCUACGUCCCAGCGUAUUUGAAUGUGUCCCACCUGCGGCGCCUUGCUGCACUAGUUUCCUAUACAUAAUGUGCUUACGAUCUUGCAAAUGACUACACGGAUUUUUGGAUAUCUUU